CCCCCCGGGGCCCCGCCUUUGCCUGCUUUGGGGGUGGGGGGUGGGGAGGGGCGCGCGGAUCAUGGCAUUGGAGUUCCCGGGCUUGCAGCCGCCGCCGCCGCCUCGUCCACGCACCCGGAGCGCCCCUUCUUCCCGGAGCAGCAGCGGAGAAGGCGAAGCGGCCGGCGGGGGCGAGGCAGAUGGGGCUCAAGGCGCGCAAGGCGGCGGGGGCGGCCGGCGGCGGCGGCCACGGGGGCGGCGGAGGCGGCGGGGCAGCUAACCCGGCCGGAGGGGACGCGGCGGCGGCCGGCGACGAGGAGCGGAAAGUGGGGCUGGCGCCAGGCGACGUGGAGCAAGUCACCUUGGCGCUCGGGGCCGGAGCUGACAAAGACGGGACCCUGCUGUUGGAGGGCGGCGGCCGUGACGAGGGGCUGCGGAGGACCCCGCAGGGCAUCGGGCUCCUGGCCAAGACUCCCCUCAGCCGCCCAGUCAAGAGGAACAACGCCAAGUACCGGCGCGUCCAAACUUUGAUCUACGACGCCCUCGAGAGACCGCGGGGCUGGGCGCUGCUCUACCACGCGCUCGUGUUCCUGAUUGUCCUGGGGUGCUUGAUUCUGGCCGUCCUGACCACCUUCAGGGAGUACGAGACUGUUUCAGGAGACUGGCUUCUGCUGCUGGAAACAUUUGCUAUUUUCAUCUUCGGAGCCGAGUUUGCUUUGAGGAUCUGGGCUGCCGGAUGUUGCUGCCGAUACAAAGGCUGGCGGGGACGACUGAAGUUUGCCAGAAAGCCCUUGUGCAUGUUGGACAUCUUCGUGCUGAUUGCCUCCGUGCCCGUGGUUGCCGUGGGAAACCAGGGCAAUGUCCUGGCCACGUCCCUGCGCAGCCUGCGCUUCCUGCAGAUCCUGCGGAUGCUGCGCAUGGACCGGAGGGGCGGCACCUGGAAGCUCCUGGGCUCGGCCAUCUGCGCCCACAGCAAAGAGCUCAUCACCGCCUGGUACAUCGGGUUCCUGACGCUCAUCCUUUCUUCAUUUCUUGUCUACCUGGUUGAGAAAGAUGUGCCGGAGGUGGAUGCCCAAGGAGAAGAGAUGAAAGAGGAAUUUGAGACCUAUGCAGAUGCCCUUUGGUGGGGUCUGAUCACACUGGCCACCAUCGGCUACGGAGACAAGACCCCCAAAACGUGGGAAGGCCGUCUGAUUGCAGCCACCUUCUCCUUAAUUGGCGUCUCUUUUUUCGCCCUUCCGGCGGGCAUCCUGGGGUCCGGACUGGCGCUCAAGGUGCAGGAGCAGCACCGUCAGAAGCACUUUGAGAAAAGGAGGAAGCCUGCAGCUGAGCUCAUCCAGGCCGCCUGGAGGUACUACGCUACCAACCCCAACAGGAUUGAUCUUGUGGCCACGUGGAGGUUCUAUGAAUCAGUCGUCUCUUUUCCGUUCUUCAGGAAAGAACAGCUGGAGGCAGGAGCCAGCCAAAAGCUGGGUCUCUUGGAUCGGGUUCGCCUUUCUAAUCCUCGUGGUAGCAAUACUAAAGGAAAGCUAUUUACCCCUCUGAAUGUAGAUGCCAUAGAAGAAAGUCCUUCUAAAGAACCAAAGCCUGUUGGCUCAAACAAUAAAGAGCGUUUCCGCACCGCCUUCCGCAUGAAAGCGUAUGCUUUCUGGCAGAGCUCUGAAGAUGCCGGGACGGGUGACCCCAUAGCAGAAGACAGGGGCUACGGGAAUGACUUCCUCAUCGAAGACAUGAUCCCCACCCUGAAGGCCGCCAUCCGAGCCGUCAGAAUUCUACAAUUCCGUCUCUAUAAAAAGAAAUUCAAGGAGACUUUGAGGCCUUACGAUGUGAAGGAUGUGAUUGAGCAGUAUUCCGCAGGACAUCUUGACAUGCUUUCCAGGAUCAAGUACCUUCAGUCGAGAAUAGAUAUGAUUUUCACCCCUGGACCUCCAUCUACUCCAAAACAUAAGAAGUCUCAGAAAGGGGCAGCGUUCACCUUCCCAUCCCAGCAGUCUCCCAGGAACGAACCAUACGUAGCCAGACCAUCCACAUCCGAAACCGAAGACCAAAGCAUGAUGGGGAAGUUUGUGAAAGUCGAAAGGCAGGUCCACGACAUGGGGAAGAAGCUGGACUUCCUCGUGGACAUGCACACGCAGCACAUGGAGCGGCUGCAGGUGCGCCUCACCGAGCUCCACCCGGCCAAGGGGCCCUCCUCGCCCGGCGACGUGGAGAAGGAAGAGGACAACAGGGACUCUGACGUGAAAGCCAGCAUCUGUGACUAUUCCGAGACAGGCCCCCCCGAGCUCCCCUACAGCUUCCACCAGGUGCCCCUCGACAAAGUUGGCCCCUAUGGGUUUUUCGCUCACGACCCAGGGAACCUGCCCCACGGGGGACCCAGUUCCGGAAAGGUUCACGCCACCCUUUCCUCCUCGGCAACGACGCACGUGGAAAGGCCCACGGUCCUGCCUAUCCUGACUCUUCUCGACUCUCGAGGGAGCUACCACUCCCAGGCUGAACUGCACGGCCCCUGCCCGGAGCGGGUGUCCCCCGGGCAGAGACGCAGCAUCACCCGGGACAGUGACACACCCCUGUCCCUGAUGUCGGUCAACCAUGAGGAGCUGGAACGGUCUCCAAGUGGCUUCAGCAUCUCCCAAGACAGAGAUGAUUAUGUGUUUGGCCCGAUUGGGGGGUCGAGCUGGAUGAGGGAGAAACGGUACCUCGCCGAGGGUGAGACAGACACGGACACCGACCCCUUCACGCCCAGCGGUUCCAUGCCUCUGUCAUCCACAGGGGACGGCAUCUCUGACUCCAUAUGGACCCCUUCCAACAAACCCACUUAAAAGGGGUCAUGGGCUGACUCCUCCUUGUAAUGUAGACGGACUUUGUACAGCUCACUUGCUCUCACACCCGCCACGUACCGGUGAGACCACCGAUGGCUGCAUCAAAUGCAUGCAUGUGCGUGGUGGCCCCACCUGGGCUGGGGCUUGUCACCGCCCUUUUCCUCCCCAGGUCACCACAACGAAGCUGCUUCCUUUCAAGCAUGGUUUGCAUGACUUUACACUAUAUAAAUGGUACCGCUAAUCUCUUCUAGGUUACACAUUAAUCUGCUGUUCUUACUUUGAAUCGUGACUGGACCAGGACAGGGAGAAAUUACUGAUGAGCUGUGCUGUGUCUGUGUGGCUGGCUGGUUGGGGUUUUGGUUUGGUAAGCAGAGACAGUAGUUUAAGUUAUUUCUCGGAUCAUUGCCCCUUGCUGUAAAACACUCUGACAGUUAACUGUUUUCUAAAGCAAGCAAAUAAUUCUCUCAACAACAAAAAAAAAUGCAUUGCAUAUCAAUGAGGUUGCCUGCAGAGCUAACGCGAGAGAGGAACGAGGUCGUCAUCACAUCUCCGAAACCAAGAAUUUGAAACAUUAUUUUAUUAAGGAAAAACUGGGAAAACUUUCCAGAAGCUCUCAAAGGGACCUCACUUGGUCUGUCAUUGUCAACUAGCACGCCUCAGUUUCCUCGUCUAUAAAAGGUGGUGGCAAUCCCAAGUGUUGCGUUUCAGAUGAGUUGUGAAUAGGCAGGAAGAAAACACACACACACACACACACACACAUGCACACACAUUAAAAUGGUUCCCAAUUUAUGUAGCCAAAGAUAACAAAAUUUAUCAGAAGUGGGGUGCCCCUCUGGGCAGGAGCUAAGUUCAGUGCCUUCAAAAUGACGUUCCAACUCACAUUCCUCCCCAUGACACUUGUACAAAAUCUCAAAUAGGAACGAGAGUCAAGAGGGCACACAGAAAUUAUCUGGUCCAAGUCCUUCCUUGUAAAAAUGAGACACCUGAGGCUCCAGUAAAGAGAUAUGCCUGAGGUCACUCUGUUGUCACCUGGAGAGCUGGGACUCAAAGCCCACUCAGCUGACUCGCUCCAGGCCCUGGUCUCCUCCCACCGCACCGGCUCUGCGGUUUCCAUGACAGGACCCAGAAGUUGGGCCAAGCUGCCUGUGCUCUGUGGUGUGUGGAAAGCACUCACGACACAAUAUAGCCAGCGGAGAGGGCUGUCAGCUUUGAUGGCAAAACACGCUUGCCUGAUGCUUUGCAGUUUGGAUUCAGGAAAAAAAAAAAAAUACACAGCAAGCUACAACAUUUCUUAAUAUGCAAAUGGACGAAAUUUCCAGAACCAUCCAGUUUUACCCCUCUAGAUUUUUUAAACCACAUGUAACCGUAAGACCAGCUGAAGUGUGCUCAGACAGGCUGGAGCACACUACUGUGUGAGGAUUAAGAUUAGGCAGAAGCCAUCCUGUUGUGAGAUGUCGCUACUCUCUGAAAUGCGCUGAUGUACAAGGCUAAUUAGCUGAGUGACUUCUCUGCAGUGUUAUUGUCUCUUUUCCCAUAUCGAAGCCCUGAUGGUGGGUGGUUGCCAUGGCAACAAUCAAGCUGAUUGAAAUAGCCUAAGUGAAUGUCUACAUUCCACCAGUGUUCUCCAUCACAGUCUUGUCAAGAGCCGUAGUAGCGGUGGCGGAUGCAAGGUUGAUGGUUACAUCUUCACCUAAUGCAGGGAUCUUGCACGGUAUUGGAAAGAGGAGAUACUUCCUCAGAGCUUGGUUUCUUUCAGCCCACACAUCAGUGGGUACCUGUGUAAAAGGCUCAGAGUAGAGUAAUAGUGAAGGCUCAGCUCCUGACUUCAGGAACUUGCAACCAAAGCCUGAAGUCCUUGGCACUGUGAGUGGUAGAAAGGGAGUUUUGCAUGGAGAGUCCCACAAAGGGAUGGGUGUUGACUUUGAAGUCCAAGGUAGGAAAUACAAAAGAAUAAGCAGGUACAUCAGACGUGAAACCCCCUCCCCAUUGGUUUGCCAUUUGACAUUCUGGCCAUCUGAAGGGCAAAGGGCAUAGGUCAUUUCUUCCUCCUCCUGGCUCCCUUCAAUAUGGCUGAAAGUGCCACUGAGGCUGAUGACCUAAGAAACCUUAUUCCCCUUCCUUAGAGCUUGGUUCUUGAUUCUGACCUUCCUGGAAUUUUCCAGAAGAAAUGCUUGAGCUACCUACCAUCUAACAUGCCACUUACUUUUUUCUAUCUUAUUAAUAUUCUUGCAGAACUUACUGGCCUCAGUAUCGUACAAACAGAGGCAUCUUCCAGGAGCUCAGUAGAGUUCCCAGCUGGGAGGGUGAGACUUUCUCAUCCUCCAGUUAAAAUUAGUUACCGUGGACCCAAAAUUAGAGGAUCGCCUUAAGUUCUUUCAAUAACUGACAAAGGAUUGGAAUUUCUAUCAUUUUCCAAACCGCAGGAGGGCAGUCUAGCUUCCCUGCUGCAUCCUCAGGUCAGGAUGGCAGGGAUUGGGUUUGUGCUGAUUACCUAUCUCCAGCGUGGAGUAUGUUGUCUUUAUCAGUGUAGACAAAGGCAAAUUACAUUUUCAUGAAUGAAUAAAUAAUAAGAAUCUUAAGAGCUGUCCUUUCCCAUCUAAGAAAACAAACAAACAAAAAAUGACCUUCUGGAAUAUUCUGCCUUGAUACUCCUUUUUUUUUCCCCCCAGAAAACACAUUCCAGAAAUGCAAACCCAACCUACUCAAGGUGCCUGCCCAUAGACACAAUCGUCAACAUGGCUGACCCUGACGAAGUAGAAAGUUAGGGUCUGAGAUUGAAUAUAAGUUACAGGGAGAAACUGUGUGUGCCUCCGCAAAGAUCUUUUUGUCAAACAAAAAAACAGCAUGGUGGAAUCAUCCAACAGAAUUAGUUAAUAACUCAGCCUAAAAUUAUUCUACUUCAGAUAUACCAGUGGUUCUGAAGCUUGCCCAGGAAAUUACAGGAGUUUCAGCAGAAUACAUGAAAUAGUAACAGAUUAAGUCCAUCAUAAAAAUGAGGUAUGAUUUUCUCAAGUGAAACUAUGAUCUUGUAUGUAUUCGGUUUCUGUGUGUGACAGCAUGAUACAUGCAAAAUUUAAGUGGUCAUCUUUCUAGCAAGAUCAAAAUUAAUGGGGUGAAUCCACUUUCCAAAUGUUGGGUGAAAGGUGGUCCCAUUGGACUGAGAAGAAAGUACUUGAUCAAUUUUGAAUUUUGACUGUCAGAUACUAGCACCCAAGCAAACACUGAAGGUGUUUUUUUUUUUUAAAUAAUUGUGAGAGGAAAAGGAAAAGGAAAAACAUCAAAUUGAGAACGUUCUAGUCACUAACUGUAUUCGUUCUGGAAACUGAGAGAUUAGACUUACUAGAUGUGGCCCUAGUUUUCAUGAAAACAUAGCCAGAAAAUUGCAGGGUAUAUUGCAAUUCAAAUGAGCUAAUCAAAAAUUACACUUCCAAUGCCUGUUUUGUGUCAGGCACUGUAAGUUGAAAAAAUACUUACAGAAAAUGCUAAUGUAACAGGAUCUACUCACAACUUGCCAAGACCACUCUCAGAAUCCCAUGCCACUCUGAUGAGUGCGACAAAAACAUUCAUUUGUUUAUUCAUUUACAAGAUUUAUUAAGUACCACUUACCAUCAGAAAGUGAAGAAUCUGGUGGCCUUGAAUUAUAGGAGGUCCCCUCAAACUAUGUCUACCAGAAAUGGAAAGAAACUGAUUUCAUCCCUGAAGACAGCUCUGUACAGACAAGAAUGCUUCCUAGAUUGGAAUCAGCGAGAGACUGAACAUGGAGGGGAGUGAAAGCAAAAAGCCUGCUUCAAAGCGCUAACGGCACCGUCAGCUCGGGGAAGGCUGAGUGAGCUGUAAGCGGGCUUUGAGUUUGGGUUCAGUGGUUUGGACUUUAUAGCGCCAGGUAAGCUGUUCAAGAAGGAGGUUCUAGAGUAUCUGAGAAGGUUCUUGGAGAAACCAGCUUUCUCUUCCUCUCCGAAUCCCUAACAUGAUUGACACCAGGCAAGGCUUUGGUCUACUUCCAUUCCAUUGUGUUGACCAAGAGAAGCUUAUGCUAAAAGCCAAUCGACGACAUCUAUUUUGAGAGAAAAGGGUCACUCUGCUUCUGGAAACCUGCAGAUCAAAAUCUCCCGGGGAAAGAGAAGUGAUGUGUCCAGUAUCCUAAGAAGUCCAAGCACACCCAGGCUUCCGCCAGAAGAUGCCACAUAGUUGGCCUUUGUUUUCCAUAAAUACACGUCCAAGGCACCUAGAAGCACAAGGAUUGUCUUUCCUUUCUGAACCCCAGGCAUCCUGAAGAUUUGGUCCCAUGUCCUCACUUGUCUUUGAAGGCUUGCUUGUUUCAGGAUGAACAUUUUAAAGACUGUAAGUCCUUUCUUUGUAUUCAAAUCAACCCAAAGUUUUUGUGUCACUUACGUUACACUAUUCAAAACUGAGCCAACAGUCCCCUAAAUCCGUGAGCACGUAUCAUGAUGCCCAGGCUAGAACACGUUAGGAGCCAGGCGGUCUGCAUAGCUUUAGUGGGUGAGGAAACUAGUGAUGCCAAAUAGAUCCCUGGAUGAAAAUUUGAGUUUUAGGAUGUUCAGAUGUGCUUGACUUUUCUGACACGUUAUGAUUUUCAAAAGAGACAAUCAAUACAGAUAAAGCCACUAGGACAGUGACUGCCAUAUAGGGAGACUGUAUUGCACGCUCUUUUUUUACAGUAUCUUUGGGCUCCGUUGCCCCCCUCUUUGUUACUACUUAUGAAUUCUAAAUUUGCACUAGGAAAUCUUUUCUCAGAAAAAGAGAAGAUACAACCCUAAUUUUUACACAACAAAAAUCGGGCACUUUCACCACUGGUAUUUAAGUAAGAACAUCUCUAGAAACAAAAAUGCUUACUGUUUCCAUUAAAAUAAGGAAAAGCGUGAAUGUUGGAAUGAAGAGAGUAGGACUGUCAGGUCACAGUGGUUGGCUGUGGUGGUUCCAUUGGACGCACAACACCAGAUGUGGCACCAUUCUCUCCAAGGAUGAUUUGUGAGGUGGAGCCAAAUAGCAGGGAUAAUUAAAUAUAAUGAAAUGAAUGGUUUAAACAAGGAAAGUCAACUGUGCCAUGAUGUCUGUCAGACAGAUGCUAGCAAUGAAUGGAGAACUGCCAAGAAAGAGUUUAAGAUUGGUCACAUCCUCCCCAGGAGGGCUCGCUCCCAACCUUUAACAGCCUCAACUCCAGCAUCCCUACUGUAGGAAACCUGUGACUAGUGUUUUGCUUUAUCAUCACAGAUGCAGGGAGGUAUAAUUUCAUAGAUUCUUAGAUGCUCAGAACAAGGGACCUGGAUCACCAGAACAGCCACCUCUCUUUUUAGAUCCAGAAGCAGAGGCUCAGAGCAAAGGGAAUCACACUUUGCCAAUCGGUGAUUGAAUGAGUGAUUGGGUAGCAGAAUCUAGAACUCAGGUCUCCUAACUUCUGGUCCAGAUGUUGGAGGUCAAAAACUAAAAUACCCAAUGAGAGCUCAAGUACUGCUGUUGGGACCAGGAGAUGAGGCAGAACGCCCUGGUCCAGUGGAGAAAUUGCUAAACCCGAUACAUCCCAUCUCUGGAAUACAACUGAUGAAAAAUGACAGUUCUUCCAAAACCUUGCUGUCUUCAAAAAGCAUGGAAAUACUAUUACUUAUGUGUGCCGUGAAGAGCAGGAAUGAAGAACACACCCCGCCUCUGAUCCCUUGACCUCUCCUACUUGUUUCCUCUUUGUCCUGCCAAGCUUAGACUGCUUCAGCAAUUUGGUCCACCACCUGGACUCAUUCAGCUCCAGAGUCAUGCCUCUGAUCAUAUCCUUAUCUAUAAGCCAAUUUAACAGGACUUCUCUUGAAAAAAUGUUAUGGGUUUGAUUUUUAAAAAAUCGGAUGUGAUUUCUUUGGGGAUCUAUAUGACCCCAAGUCUCCAGGUCUACUAAUGUCACCCCUUUGCCCUGGGAUCUCUGGGUCUCACGUGGGCACAGUCUGGUUCCUCCUGCCUUGUCCCAGAGAAUGCCCAUCUUGGUCAGGUCACAACUGGGUUCUCUUCACCAAAACUACCAAGAAGCAAACAGGAUUCACCUGAGGAUAUCUUACGUUUGUGUGUUUUAGAACAUGAACAGGGCUCUUCUGGCUCAAAUGAGGAUUUCCAUAGUUGACUUCCACUUACACUGUGCUUGGGAUAGACUUGGCAGGGCUCCCCCACAGCCCUUGUUAAACCCGGUGGUGGGAUGUUCAAUUCUCCUGAGUCAGGCUGAACCUGGAGCUCCAAAAAGAUGGUCAGAAAGAAAGGUGGUCAAGUGCUUGGACGGCAAUAGAUGACCCAGUGAUCUUAAAGACUGUCAUUCUACCUAAAUCUUCUUAGUCUCCACACAGCACCAUUCUGGGGUUAAAAUAAGUUUCAGAGGGAAAUAAGUCAAAAAUGGGCUCUAUAUAAGAAUAACCUGAGUGUGACUUACCAUUAUGCAGUCAAAAGCCUCACCCAGUGCUUAGAAAUAAUAUUUAUAAUUCCUCUUAGACUUGUCAAAUGGACUAUAAUUUAAUGCCUAAGAGUAAUGCAAAAUGUUCUCUUCUCUUCCUCUGCCCACAAGACUGAGGUCAGGGAAGGGGAGAGAAACUCACCCUAAGUUCUUUUUAUGAGUCGCAUAUGACGUCAUAUUUCUCUCUCUCUCUCGAUUUCAUGUAAUUUUCAUCAUAAACGCAUAGGGGAGAUGUUACCCUUUCCAUCUAACAGAUGAGGAAGCUGAUGGUGAAAGGGAGAAAACCAUGCCAGCGGUCACAUAUGGUAAGAGGUAGAGGUGGGCUCUUAGCCAAAGCCCAUGUACCUCCAAAGCUCAUUCCUCCUCCACACCCCGAGUCUCUCAGGUCAAUGGCAAUGCUCCCGAACCGUGCCCUGUGAUCUUCCACUCUGCCUGGCCUUCCUCCGCCCCAUCGUCUUUACAGUAAGAUGAUCGCGGCCCCUUUGGUUCCCUGGAGAGAAGGGUGAUUCCGUAUUGAUGCUCUCCUUGCUAUUCAGCAGGCCCUGCCUGUUCCUUUGAGUGGUUUCACAAUCCAGCCGUCAGUGGCAGAAAAUGAUGCCAUGUAAAUUAUCCAUCUGGUUCACGUUGGAACCCAUUAGCCUGGGAGUUUGGUGUGGCUGCAGGUAAUCCCACAAGCGCCCCUUGUUCUUUGCCCCAAGGAUCGCCUUUCAUUGUUUUAACCGAAAAAGUUCAAAUGUCCUUCCUGAUUCUGGUCUUUUGUCUUUAGACUUUAUUUCAGGGCUUUGAAAACCUGCAGAAAACAGGUGAGUCUUCAAAAACACUCUCUGGGAGGCCAAACGCUCAGAACAGUUGUGUUUCUCUUUCUCGGUAUUAAACGAUCAAGGUUCCCAGUGGAGAAGCCAACCUGAUCUGAUAAUUGGGCCCUUCUUUUCCCCCGUGGAUCCUUCUCCAAGGGAGGGGGGAGCAGCUCCACCCUCCAAAGUUCCCACGAGAUUCCGAGUCCCGGCGGGAGGCCAAGUUCUAAGACUGGUGGUGACCAUUUUGUCAAGCUUCAGGCAUGAGGCGGGCUCUGCCCCAUCUUGAAAAUCACCUUAGCAUGAUGGACCAGCUUCAUCAGACUGGUCAAUCCUUCCCUGUUUUAAAGAGAAAAAGUGCUUUCCACGUUGCUUCCAAUGGGAUGUGACUAUCCUUCUGUUUCUUUUUUUCUCUUUGUAAUGGAGCAGUGAUGGAAAACACCCAUCUCUGAAGAGCAAAUUGAGGUUUCCAGUGACAUGACUCCACUGUGCUUGAUUUCGGAUUGUGUUUUCUUUAAGCCCCUUUCACGGCAUAGGGUUCUGGUGCCUUUCUCCCUGAAUUUGUCUCCUUGCCCCAAGCAGGCUUUCUUCACGUCUGGCUCACACGGGAACACGACUCUUCCACAAGUGGCCUUUAGUGCUCUUUAUAAUAUGAUUUCCUGUAAUUUUUAAACUGUAUGUGGAAUUUAUAUUCUGGCUCUGUCCGAUAUUUGAACAACUUUAAUAGGUUGAUUUCCAUAUAUAUUAUGCAAACAAUUCUUACCUGAUUUUUUAUGUUCUAUCUUAAAACAGAUAAAUCCUGCACCACUUAUUAAU